CAUUGCAACACACAUCCCCCCGAAUACCACCACUCCUCCUAUUCAGCAACCAUGUCUUUUCUUUACAGAGCAGGCGUUGCUGCCACUCGUUCGACUCGCGUUGUUCAGAAGCGUUUCGGCUCCCAUACGGCCCAUCACGGACCCGAGGCUCCUCCUACUCAAGAAGGUUUUACUUCAUCGGGCUUCAAGCUGACCUUGCUCGCUGUUGUCGGAUUGAUCGCUUGGUCCCGUAUCGAUGAGCACCUUACCAACCAGGGCGAGGAGAAGCACCCUUUCACCCGCUACAUCGAGUACUACAUGCGUUCGGAGCAGGAGUCCAACCGCCUCAACCAGAACCACAUCCAGCUCGCCCAGCAGGCCGCCGAGGAAAGAAAAUUCUUCAAUGAAGCCUCUCUUCCUCCCAAGAUUCAGCUUCGCUACCCUGACUUGAUGAACAAUGCUUCUGGCAAACUUAUCGAGGCCGGCUCUGCAGUGUCGAUGGACAAUGUCGUCGCCAAGUACCAUUAAAGUCAAUCGUGCUCGUUUCGUAUUGCCGAUCUUUUCUUUUUUCUCCCCUACACUUCUUGUUCGUCUCAGGUCGUUAUGCACACGACCUACCCUCCUUCCUCAUUUUUCUCUCCCUCCUCUCCGCUUACCCUCUCUCUCUUUUUUUUUUCUUUUUUUGUUAGACGCCCACUACUAAAAUAAAAGAAUGUGUCAAAUAUACAGCAUGCCAGGGUAUGAUCCUUGGGAUGCUAAACAAUAUA